UAGGGUGGACAGUGAGUUCUCUGUGCUGGGACUCUGGGAAGGGCCUUUCUUUGCCAGGGGCCUGCAGUCGGCAGGCACUGAAAGAAGAGACAACUUUCCACUGGACCUUCCCUUCCACCCACUCCCUUCCCUGCUGGCCCUCCAGGAAGGAGGCCCUGGGGCCCCCUCCCAGGCUCACAGAGGGACAGCUGUGCCCUGACGGUGACGAAGGCCAAAAAGGAGCAAACUGAGGACCACGGACAGCUGGCCGCCUGUCCGGGAGCUGCCACCCCUGGCCCAGGCCUUCCUCCUGUGGACACAUGGUUGUGCAGGACAGCACGGACGCCGGGGAUGCCAGAGCAGGCGUGCAGCUGGAGCCCUUCCUGCACCAGGUCGGAGGGCACCUGAGUGUGAUGAAGUAUGAUGAGCACACUGUGUGCAAGCCCCUCAUCUCCCGGGAGCAGAGGUUUUACGAGUCCCUGCCCCUGGCCAUGAAGCGGUUCACUCCGCAGUACAAAGGCACCAUCACGGUGCAUCUCCGAAAAGACAGCCGAGGCCAUCUCAGCCUGGUAGCCAACCCACUGAAGGAGAACCGGGGGCCCUUCAAGGUGUCCACGGAGUCGGCGGCGGUGGCAUUAUGGCAGACCCUCCAGCAGACCGCCGGUGGCAGCGGUGGCGCCCACACCCUCGCCCAGUGGCGGCACACUCAGCUGGCACACUCACUCAAGGAGAGCCCGCCCACGUCACUCCUGAGGUCGGAGUUCCACCUCAACACCCAAGUGUCCUCGCUGGUGGAAGAUGCCAAUGGGAACCAGGCCGAGAGGAGGAGCUUUAACCCAUGGGGUCUGCAGUGCCACCAGGCCCACCUGACCCGUCUGUGCACUGAGUACCCGGAGAACCAGCGGCACCGGUUUUUGUUGCUGGAAAACGUCGUGUCAAAGUACAAGUACCCUUGUAUCCUCGACCUGAAGAUGGGGACCCGGCAGCACGGGGAUGACGCGUCUGAGGAGAAGAAAGCCCGUCACAUGAGGAAGUGUGCGCAGAGCACCUCAGCCUGCUUGGGCGUCCGCAUCUGCGGCAUGCAGGUUUAUCAAAUUGAUAAGAAGCACUUUCUCUGCAAAGACAAGUACUAUGGAAGAAAACUCUCCGUUGAGGGGUUCAGACAAGCCCUCCAUCAGUUCCUGCAUGACGGAACCCGCCUCCGGACAGAGCUCCUGGAGCCCAUCCAGCGCCAGCUCCGGGCCCUCCUCUCAGUCAUUCGGAACCAGAGCUCAUACCGGUUCUACUCCAGCUCUCUCCUCAUCAUCUACGAUGGGCAGGAGCUGCCAGAAAGGACCUCAGGGGGCCUGCAUCCUCCGGAGGCUCCGCAGCCGGCCCACGGCAGCUCUUCCGAAAGUCUCUCCAAAGUUGACGUUCGGAUGAUCGACUUUGCUCAUACAACGUACAAAGGCUCCUGGAAUGAGCACACCACCUACGAUGGACCAGAUCCAGGCUACAUUUUUGGCCUAGAAAACCUCAUCCAGAUCCUGCAGGAUAUUCAAGAGGGAGAAUGAGGCUUGUUGGGCCUAUCCGGAUGCUUCUGGAGUGCUGAUAUCAAAAGGGACCCAUUGGUAGCUAGGGUACCCUAGACACUGUUAGAUGUCUUUGUAAUAAUGACAUCCACGUUCGAAAGCCACACGUGGCAUAUUGAUGGCUGCUAAAGAAACCAGUUCUGGAGCUAAUUCCACAUCCUCUGGUAUCUUAUGCUAAUUCUGGUCGUCGGAGGCCGGACAGGCAGUGUGAAAUGGCACCAUUGUGGAGUACAUUGGAAGGCGUGAGUGAGAAGCCAGCAUUAGAGUGAGAUUCUGGAGAAUUCGCAUUUAAAAAUGCUUUUUGUUGUCCUGCUGAAUCCUUGGCAAGCUGUGAGGCAAAAGAAAAAAAGAAAAAGAAAAAGAAGAAACUCUACUUGAAGAAGACUUGACGAGUGAGUUCGUGAGCGGAUGGUUUGUCUGCUCGCAUGGGCUGCCCACUCCAAGGGCAGAUACAACAUUACAGUGAAUGACUGUCUCUCACCUUCUUAAGAGGCAUUCUCGGCAAGGCAAGAAGAAGUGGGACAGAGCUGCCCGUCUCACCACCUUCCUACCCAGGGUCUGGAUGGACAAGGUCGAUCCAGACACAGCCCGGGCAAAUCAAGACCUCAGUUCUCCAUUGUUGCCUAUGGAGAUAAGGGUCUCUUUCUAGACUUCCGGGUAUCUAUUGGAAGUGAUGACUCUGCCAGAUUCUGGCCACAAAAGGGCUCUAACCAUGAAAUGCAGUUUUCAGGUGGGGGUGGACUGCACAAAAGGAUGACCCAGUGAUAUUAAAUUACACCCCCUGCUUUCUAUUUAUUUAUUUUGGGGGUGGGGUGGGGAGUCAGAAGAGAGAAGCCUGGAGGGCCAAGGAAUCCAAGCGCAAUGUUUACAAGACUGGUGGACAAGUGUAAAUACGGAACAAAGAGCAAACGGUUCUAAUUAAUUCCUUCUUCUGCAGUGUGGAAACCCUAUUACAAUGCCCUUGAGUCGAGCACUAAGAUACGUUACCCAAUUAGGGAAAUAAAUUUGUUAAUAAAAUUGCUGAGGUCACCAGUGAUUA